AUGGCGCGGCCGACGCCGACGGGUCGCGCGGGCGACGACGCUCGGGCGUCGGAUCGUGGCGCGGCGCGACGGAGAGGGGCUCGACGUCGCGCGGUGGCGGAUCGAGACGUCGAACGCGAGCGAGACGAGCGGACGGGGGGGGAGAUUGUCGCGCGCGCGGCGACGAAGGCGCGCGGAGGGGUGCGCGUGGCCGCGGCGACGGACGACGACGCGUUCGACGUCGCGGCGAAGCUUCGAGCGACGGCGUUUUACGACGAUUUGUUAGAGAGGGGUGAGAUGCCGUUUCCGCCGAGGUUCACGGCGACGUUUCAUCGAGAGUUCGCGCAGCGGGAGCGUCGCGCGCUCAGGGAGCGCACGUCCAGGCGCGUCGGACACGCGCUCGAGUCGAGGUGCUUCAUGGCGGACGUCGACGGUGUGGGGUUGGCGGGGUGUCUCGAUGUGAGCGUGCGUGAAGGACCGUGCGCGAGUCAGAUCAAUGGCGUGUGCGUGGCGGAGGGGACGUCGUACGCGUACAUCGACAACGUCGCGGUGGACGCGCGCGCGAGGCGUCGAGGCGCGGCGCGCUUGAUGAUGGAGAGCGCGAGCGACUUUAUUCAAGAGCGCGGCAUCACCGAGGUAUGGACACAUGUUCACGCCGAUAACACGGGCGCUCGGAAGCUGUAUCACGCGUUCGGCUUCCGCGCGCCCGAAGGGACGUUUCCGGAAACCGGCUUGCCAAACUACUUCAGCGGCGAUCGCCUCAAGGGAUUGAUACUCAUGCGAGCGCCCGUACCCCUCGUUUUUGAACGUCGAGUGAUUGAAGAUAGUGUCUGCGAAUGCGGCGCGCGCUUCGACCGCGUUCAACAAUGCAUUUGCUUCAAGCCUCUGGCUCGUUGA